GCAGCGCGCACAAUGGGGGGAGUCGGCUCCUUUGUCCGCAGGGGUCCCAAGGGGCAACACUUAACGCGGAGGGGGUUCCCUCAAGUUGCUGAGCAGUUUAAAGAACUCACUCAGCACAAUGAGGCUCGUUAGCAUGGAUAUGGCUGGAUAGAGCGUCUCGCAUUGCGCAAGCGCAAAGUUGGACAAGAAGUUCUUUUAAAAAGAGGAACAUUUGUCGAAGCACUCUCACCCGUAUACCGCAAGCGGACCGAGCAUUAGCCAGGAGCGGAAGGAGUCAUUUGAAGAUCAAACUUUGCUAACAGGAGUUCUGAUUUAAGGAGCACUUCCCUUGCGGGUCCUGAAUGAUUACAGGCAAAAAUACUUACUUUGCUGCUCAACGGCACAGGAAGGAUUACAUGAAAACUUCUACAACUCCUGGGGAAAUUGUUGUUGGUUUCAUUGUAUGUCCUGAGAAGAGUUCCAUGUAAAGUGUUAUCUGAGCUCGUUUAAAGACGGCAUGACAAGCAGCCUGCUUCAAGUGGAGAUUCUGAUUUCGGGUGUCAUUCCGCAUGACGUAAUUUCUCACAGGAUAUACAUUUGAUCAAAACAAUAUCAAACAACUUAAUAGUAGACUUUUUGGCAUCUCAACAUGGUUCAUUUUUUAAACAAAAGUUUAUGCGGUUCAGAAUCAUGUAAUUAUUUGGAAAACACAUUUUGAAAACAUUUUGGUGGCACGAAUGUUGAUCCAUUGAGUUACAAGGUGGAAUUAUUUUUCCAAAUGAAAUUUGCACAUUUUUAUUUUUUUACAUUUUCUUCCUUCUUGGUCUUUGUUCCAUUACAUCAAUUCGCCUUAACAUUCAAGUAACGCGGCAUACACGCAUGGAGAGAAUUUUUUUAAUUGCUUAACUAGCCAGUCUCGUGUGUCUCUCGUUGGAAUGCGAGGGGGAAAUUCCCAAAUGUCUGCUACCGUGAUUAUGAUACUGCUCUACACGAUUAUCAGCGUGAAGGCCAGUGGGGAGUACUGUCAUGGUUGGCAUGACACACAAGGCUCCUGGAGAGAGGGCUUUCAGUGUCCGGAGCGCUUUGACAGCGACGAUGCCAUCAUCUGCUGUGGACAGUGCGAGCUUCGUUAUUGCUGCACGAGCAGCGACGCCCGCUUGGAUCAGGGGACUUGUGAGAACGACAAUCAGAACCGCGAGCCAGGCACAGGCAACGGCAACAAGGAAAACAAAGGCGACGGUGCAGUGCCUAUAUAUGUGCCUUUCCUGGUCGUAGGCGCUGUGUUUGUCUGUUUUGUGCUGCUGGGCUCUGUGGUGGCCGUGUGCUGCUGCCGCUGUCUCCGCCCCAAGCAAGAGCAAUCCCCAGUGUGCGUUGGGGGUGCGGCUGGGGGCGCGGCUGGGGGUGAGUCCAGAGCCGAGGCAGGGGGUCUGCUCGAGGCCAUCCCCAUGAUGGCGAGUGCUGGGGUGUCCUGCGGCUCGUCCUCACAGCAGUCCAGCAAGUUCACCAGCUCCAGCUCCUCCGGCCAGUCCUCAGUCCAGCCCCCGCCUCUCCUGCGCACACAGGCAGGGUGCUACCUGUCCCACGAUGCCGGCGUCUACUUCAACAUGCCGGCCAGUUUCUCUGUGCUUAGCCGCCAGCAGGCCACGCAGCUCCUGCACCCCCAGUAUAUUGGGUACACUAUACCGCAUGAGGCAAUCGCCCCCAGCCCUGCCCCCUUCCUCUACCACUCACAAGGCAGCUACCGGCCACUCCAGGCCCCUUUCCUACCCCCCGCCAGCACGGCCAGUGAACCCAAGCACCCCCUAUAACUAUGUGACCCUCCCACCACCUUGGAUUGACACUGGACCGGAGGAGCACUUGUUGGAUAUUCUGGUUUGAUGGAUCCUACAUAGUGUUGGAAGAUCACAGGUGCGACAAGACACCCACCUGUCACCCACUCCUCAUUGGGGUUCCCAGACUUUACACAGCAUAUAGGUCCUAUGCCUGUAUAUACUUAUACCUGUACACUGUACAAUACAUAACAAUAACACUACAUGGCCAAAAGUAUGUGGACACUUGACAUCGAACAUCUCGUUCAAAAUUAUGAGCAUGAAUAUGGAGUUGGUCCAUAUUUUUCUGCUAUAACAGCCUGCACUCUUCUGGGAAGGCUUUAUGCUAGAUGUUGGAGCAUUGCUGCAGGGAUUUGAUUCCAUUCAGCCAGAAGUGCCUCAGUGAGGUGGAACGAUUAGGCCUGGCUCGCAAUUGGCUUUCCAAUUGAUCCAAAAGGUGUUGGAUGGGGUUGAGGUCAGGGUUCAGUGCAGGCCAGUCAAGUUCUUCACACCAUUCUCAAAAAAACUAUGUCUAUAUGGACCUCACUGUGUGCUCGGGGGGAUUGUCAUGCUGUUGGGGAAACACAAAAACGUCUAAAAUGUGAUUGUAUACUGUAGCAUUAAGAUUUGCCUUCACUGGAACUGAGGGGCCUAGCACAAACCAAAAACAACAUCCCCAGCUCAAGGGGUGUCCAGAUACCUUUGGUCAUAUAGUGUAUGUUUGGAAUAUCUCAGACUGAAACUAUCUGAGUGCCUAUGUCUCUUUCACUGUAUGAAUGUGUGUAGACAGCAAAAGUACUGUGUUAUGCAGUGUGCCUGUGUGCACACAUGCAGCAUCAAUGUUAAAUGCAGUUGUGUAUGUGUGUGUGUGUUUGUGUGUGUGUGUGUGCGCGCACAUCAUUUAGUCGCAGUAAUGUGUAAUGCAGGUGUGGUAAUGGGAAAAACAGCAGUACUAUGGUCCCUGCUGGCCUGUUAAACUCUAAUAAAGUGAACACAGGACACAGGCUGUCCCCCACCACUCCAUAUUCCCCUGAGCUGCAGUGUCUGCUGUGCUGACCCAUCUCACUCACACACACAUAUACACACACACACGCAUACAAACUGAAUGAAUGUAUGUUAAGGUUUGUUAGAGUACAGCUCCCAUAUAUUGAGGUAGAGUAUGCCAUCUAUAAAGAAUGUCUGGCAGCUAUUGUUCUUUAGGGAGUUUUUUUUCUAGAAGAAACCCAAAAAAGUGUGAGUAUUAGUAAAAGAUGAAGGGUGUGUGUGUGUCUGUGUGUGUCUGUGAGAGAGUGUGAGUAUGAGAGAAAGUGCACAGUGUGAUGAUGACACUAUAUACUACACACUAUAUCCCAUAUAAAUACUUAACUGUGGCUAGUAAACUGUAUUCUGUGUUUUGAGUAAAUGAUUUUCAGAAUCA